AAUGUUUUUUUUCGCUGAUCAAUGGUACAUGGCAUGCUUUGUACAUAAAGCUGUUCAGACCACAACUCUGAUUUAUUUGCUUUAAAAGCCAGUGGUGGUUAACUAUUAUCUUAACUUUUCCUACACAGUAACAUAAAUGCACAUUCUGUCCUGUUAUAUAACAGACUUGGGUUUUGAUGUCAUAAAAGCAAAUUUCGUUCCCCACCAUCCUCUUUCCUGUUGUAGAUUUGAGGCAUCCAGAUCAAUGUGGGCCUGCUGACAUGGGUUAAAUCUUUGUAGGCCCAGAGGCUCUGCAGGCCUCAGUCCUGGCUCUAGACUGCACACUUCCAUCCAGAACCCACAGCUGCUUUGUGUUUAAGAGAGCACUGAGGAGUCUGGUGAAGAGACCCUGCCAUGCGUGAAUACAAGCUUGUGGUGUUGGGCUCUGGCGGCGUGGGCAAAUCAGCCCUGACAGUCCAGUUUGUCCAGGGAAUUUUCGUGGAGAAAUAUGACCCCACAAUAGAAGACUCCUAUAGGAAGCAAGUGGAAGUGGACAGCCAGCAGUGCAUGUUGGAGAUCCUGGACACAGCAGGAACAGAGCAAUUCACAGCUAUGAGGGACCUGUACAUGAAGAACGGUCAGGGCUUUGCUCUUGUGUACUCAAUCACAGCACAGUCCACAUUCAACGACCUGCAGGACUUAAGAGAGCAGAUUCUACGAGUAAAGGACACAGAGGAUGUGCCAAUGAUCCUGGUGGGUAAUAAAUGUGAUCUGGAGGACGAGAGGGUGGUGGGGAAAGAACAGGGGCAAAAUCUGGCCCGGCAGUGGAACAGCUGUGCCUUUCUAGAGUCCUCCGCCAAAUCGAAAAUCAACGUCCUUGAUAUCUUCUAUGACUUGGUCAGACAAAUUAACAGGAAAACACCAGUGGAAAAGAAGAAAGCGAAAAAGAAAUCCAAUUGUGUCCUCCUGUAGAGCCAGUAGCAGCUCAGAGCCAGAAUGCUGUAAUGAAGAACUGUUAGCUUGUUUGGAUCAUGCCAGCAUUCCCAUCCUCAGUGAGUGAUUCAAUGGAACAGCUGACUGACUGACUCAAAGCAGCACCGGACAUAGCAAACGAGAACAACUCUUUUAUUUCCCCUUUAUUUUGGCAGUAAAAUUUGAGGAAAAACUCAAUUUCCCAGAAGCAAUUUUAGUAGAACUGAGAACAUCUCAACAUUUCCUGGACCAUCCAGACUUUUUACAUCAUUGACCGUGGCUGAUGAAGAAAUUAAACCUCAUAUUAACAUAAUUGUGUUUUUAAAACUCUUCCCCAUAAACUCUUGAACUCUGUGCUUUUCAAUGGCCUCAUCGCCUGUUGAAGAAGCAGGACGAGAAAUCAGAGUUAACAGUAUUCAUUUGCGCAAUACCACAUUUUCAAGGACAUGAAGGAUGACCGUGUUUAAUAUCCAGUUAUCAGCAGUCAGCAUGAGCAUCUUUAAGUGUAGAUGUUGUAAAUGAUGUCAAGUUCAGUUGUUUUCUCUCAAGUUGUACUUCCAUUCUUGAUACAGUGUGUAAAUGUCUAUAAAUGACAAAUGUAUGUAAAUGUUUUGCUGACAACAAUGGACUCGUUCAUCAGAAAGUACUGCCCCGUUACCAAUGUGACAUUAUUUUAUAUUCAGUCACUUGGUUUUCCUAGCUCAUAUAUCAUAUUCUAAUGCCAUUCUGUUUCAUAAAGACUGCUCCAUAAAUAAACAGGCCUUUUAUAGUGUAAAAAGUGGGGGAACGAUCGAUUUCUAUGUCUAUCGAGACUGAAAUAUAUUGUACUAAACCAACUAUUUCCUCUUAUGUUUUUCUGUCAAAAGAUGAU